UGUCAGCUCGUGAACACAUUCUUUAGUUUCCUGAGGCGUAAAACAGAUUUCUUCACCGGUGGAGAAGACGGAGUAGCAGAGAAGCUGAUCACAGAUACCUUCAACCAUCACAACAAACUAGCUCAGAAGGAACGGAAAGAGAAAAAGGCUCGUCAAGAGGCAGAGCGGCGUGAAAAGGCAGAGAGAGCUGCCAAACUUGCUAAAGAAAAGCAAGAAGCAAACGAGCCGAGGAUUAAGGAACUUACGGAUGAGGAAGCGGAAAGGCUGCAGCUGGAGAUUGACCAGAAAAAAGAGGUGCAAGGACAGGGUAACAAUGUCCCAGUGAAACCCUCGGAGGAUGAAGGUGAAUCUUCGGAUUCUAACAAACAGGAAACAGAUGACGAAGAGGAAGAUGAGAAGGAUAAAGGAAAACUUAAACCCAACUCUGGCAAUGGAGCCGACCUUCCAAAUUAUAGAUGGACACAGACUCUUUCAGAACUGGAUCUGGCCAUCCCUUUCAAGGUGAACUUCAGGUUGAAGGGGAAGGAUGUGGUGGUAGAUAUCCAGAGACGACGCCUCAAAAUUGGCCUGAAGGGCCAUUCACCCAUCAUUGAUGGAGAGCUUUUCAAUGAAGUGAAGGUGGAGGAGAGCUCCUGGCUGAUUGAAGAUGGUAAAACAGUCACUGUGCACCUGGAGAAGAUCAACAAGAUGGAAUGGUGGAACAAACUAGUCUCCACAGACCCGGAAAUCAACACCAAGAAGAUUAAUCCAGAGAACUCAAAGUUGUCAGAUCUGGACAGCGAAACUCGCAGUAUGGUGGAGAAAAUGAUGUACGAUCAACGACAGAAAUCCAUGGGCCUCCCCACAUCUGAUGAACAGAAGAAGCAAGACAUUUUGAAAAAGUUCAUGGAACAGCAUCCAGAAAUGGACUUUUCAAAGGCUAAAUUCAACUGAGCCCUCCCUUUCUCCCCCCGCCUCUUUCAGUCAGCCCGUCGAACGGGGCAGGAUACGUGUUGCCGGAUAUCCCCUGCCUUGGGCAAGUACACACCUCCAACAUCCCCACCCGAGCUUGCUGUGGAGGCAGCUCCAUGAAGUCGUCCUCAGUUGUCCUGUGUUGAGCAGAUGGCAAGGCCACAGCAGCGACCUGCAGCAGCUCCAGUCGGAGCCAUCUGCGACGCUUUCCAAAUGGCAAUUAGGAGGGUGAGAGCAGAAAGGGUGUUAGGGCUACAGGAGCCAGGCUUGAGAGGUUUUGGGAUAUAUCCUUAUUGUAUCGCUUAGCUUCAUCUCCUGGCUCUUCAGAGCCACUAAUCCACUCUUUGCCAUUUCGGUUUGGCAGCAGGUACUCCUGAGUUUUACUCCCUCCCCCUC